ACAUAUCAAUGGAGAAAAAUAAAUGGUUUUGAGUGUUUGAAGAAUAGAAUAAUUAUAAUAAAAAAUAACAUUCAAACCCUGUAGUGCAACUAUAGAAAUCGAAUGGAUAUGAAUAAAAAACGAAAGGACGACAGGAUCAUCGACGAGGAUGAUGAUUUCGUGUGGCAAGAUUAUCUGGAUGCAACAGGGACAAUAGAGGUGCCACAAAUUAAUUUUCCACAUGUAGAAUUGACACUGCAGAAUGGAAUUGAGAUUGGAAUGGCUCUUGAAGUGCCAACAUCAAAGAAUGACAAGUGUGACACUUCGUAUUGGAUAGCAACAAUUGUCAUGGCAUGUGGACCUCUUCUGAGGCUUCGUUACUUUGGUGGUGAUGACAGGACCCUUGAAUUUUGGUUUAAUCUAACUAAAGAAGCUGCACACGAAUUGGGAUGGUGUGUGAAAAAUGAUAAGAAGCUGGAGCCACCAGAUGCUAUCGUCCAGAGAUCUCCAGAUUGUCUGGAGAUGCUGCCAGGAUUCUUGAUGACUGCCAAAUCUGUUCCGCAUGAAUUAUUAAGUGGAGAAGAGUUGAGUAUGUCUGAGAAGAUAAAGCAGGGGAUGAAGAUAGAAGUUGUUGAUUUUCAGCAUCCUUAUAAGCUCUGGGUGGCAACGAUAAUAGAAAAUGUUGGAGGCCGACUUUUACUCCGUUAUAAUACCCCAGGCAGUCAAUUCAAAGAUUUCUGGAUUUUCUGCACGUCAGAGGCUCUGCAUCACUAUGGAUUUGCCUCGAAAUGUAACUCAAAAUGGUUCUUAGAACCCCCUAGCUCAAUCGUCGAUGCCCACUCCUACGAGGAAUGGAAGGCAGUUGUAGAAUCCUCUCAGAAAGAAGUUCCAACGGCAAAUCUCUUUCAGGAACUUCCCAGUCAUCCAGUUCAUCAGUUUAAAUUAGGUAUGAAACUGGAAGCUCUCUCGCCUACUGAUAGAACUCGUAUAUAUCCAGCUACAGUAGCUAAAAUUUACGAUGAUACAUAUUUUCUCGUUCAAAUCGAUAACGUGGACACAUUACCAAUCACAGACGUGGAUUCUAUGAAAUAUGAGAGUCCAGAGAAAACUAGCUGGCUAUGUACAUCCGUUCAUCCUUAUAUAUUCCCUAUAAAUUGGGCUAAAACCCACAACAUCAAAUUUUCACCGCCAAAAAAUUGGAAAGGAAAUUCUGGUGAUUUUGAUUGGAAGAAAUAUAUGAAAGAGACUAAAUCAACACCUGCCCCGAUGGAGCUGUUCCCCAAUCGUCAAUCAGCUGUCGAUGCAGGAUUUGAGGAAGGAAUGAGGCUAGAGGCUGUAGAUCCAAGGAAUGAGAACAUCAUCUGCGCCGCACACAUCACCAGAAUCAUCGAAGAUCUUCUAUUUCUCUCCCUAGACAAUUAUGAAUGGCAUGUUGAUCAUAUCGUACACAUGCACUCGCUGCAGAUAUUUCCUGUUGGAUGGUGUGAGUCUAAUCAUUAUCCUCUGAAACCACCACGGGAUUACAUGGAGGUAUGCAAGAAGCUGGAGAAACCUGAGAAGGAGGAGAAUGAAAAAUUGCCAUUUGAUGUGUCAUUCUCUGAGCUGAGAUCCUCACUGUGGUGUCCAAAAAUUUAUUUCAACUACCGUUGCUGCACUGGACCGAUGAUAUCCAAGGGAAAAUUAGCUGCUCUGCCUAAAGCGGUGGGUCCUGGGCCUGUGGUGCUGGUUAUGAGAGAAGUUCUUUCAAUGAUCGUUUCGGUUGGCUACAGGAGUGCUAGAAUCCUCAAAGUACUUCAGUGUGACACUAAACCUGAUCCUGGCUAUCACCUUGAGAUCCUCAAAGCCAAAUACAAAAAUAAUACGUACAGGGCUAGUGUUGCUGUGAUAACGUCUGGGGAUAUGGUCGCUGAUUUUUGUAAAAGUAUCUGCAAAAAAUUGAUGGUGUGCCAGAAUUUAUUUGGGCCGCACGAGGUGGAGGCGGAAUGCCCUGAUAAAUGUAGUAGAAUGAACAAGAGUAAAUAUGUGGCUAUUCACAAUGGAAAGAGAGGAAAACCCAAGGGGUAUGAGAGCAUUCUGGUACAAAAACCAAAACCUUGGGGGAAGAAGAAGAGGAAGAGGCGAGGUCGUUGGGCUAAUAGGGAUAAGGAGGGAUCUGAUAAUGGGGAGAGAGAGGAGGAGAUCAAUUAUUUUUCAUUGGACUUGGAGAGAAAUAAUUUAGAGGAAAUUGAUGAGUGUGUCGAUGGUAAACCGCAGUUGUCAGAAAUCGAUGUUAUGAUCCAGAAAGGCGAGUCAGGAAAAGAAGAAAGGAGUAAACCUGAGUUGGGGUCCAGUAAUGCUUCAGACGACUCCAGGAGUUCGUUUAAUGAACGUAGGGGAAAGGAAAUAUUUGUGGACAGUCCAGGGAGCUCCAAUGAAAAGAAUUCUAGCAAAUCGGGAAAAGGCGAUAAUGGGAAGAGUAGAAAGAGAGAUAGAGACCGAGAGGCGGAUUUCGACGACGAAGGGGAAUCCGAAGGAUCUGAGGAUGACGUUGAGUACAUUGAGAGACAGAAAAAACAGAGAAGACCCAAAACCAGAAAGCUGGAUAGUAAUCCACUGUUCUGGACUGUUGAUGAUGUCUUCAGAUAUUUGAAGAAGACGAAUGAUUGCAAAGAUAUUGCUGAUCGAGUUAAACAAGAGGAAAUUGAUGGACUUGCCUUUUUGCUACUGAAUCUACCGUCAUUGACUCAACACAUGAAAUUACGAACGAGUCUGGCGAUGAAGCUCUGCAGGCACGUUGAACAAGUUAAAGUAACAUUUUUCUUGAGGCACAUUAAUGAGCUUGAAAAUGAUAACAAGGAGUAAA